GCCACGUGACGGGGAGCGCUAGGCUUCAGGCUGGCGGGUGCACUUCAGCUUGUGGGCGCGAUGUGGGCCAGCUUCAUGUGGCGCGGGGCGCUGUCCCCCAGCCGCCGCGCUCACUCAGCGCUGGCUCAGUUGCGCUGCAUCCUGGACAGCGAACUGGAAGGGAUUCGCGGAGCCGGCACCUGGAAGAGUGAGCGGGUGAUCACGUCCCGUCAGGGACCGUGCAUCCGCGUGGACGGCAUCUCGGGAGGAAUCCUCAACUUCUGUGCCAAUAACUACCUGGGCCUGAGCAGCCACCCUGAGGUGAUCCAGGCAGGUCUGCAGGCUCUGGAGGAGUUUGGAGCUGGACUCAGUUCUACUCGAUUUAUCUGUGGGACCCAGAGCAUCCAUAAGAAUCUAGAAGCCAAGAUAGCCCACUUCCACCAGCGUGAGGACGCCAUCCUCUAUCCCAGCUGUUUCGAUGCCAACGCUGGCCUAUUUGAGGCUCUGCUGACCCCAGAGGAUGCGGUUCUGUCAGAUGAGCUGAACCAUGCUUCCAUCAUUGACGGCAUCCGACUGUGCAAGGCCCACAAGUACCGUUACCGCCACCUGGACAUGGCUGACCUGGAAGCCAAGCUGAAGGAGGCUCAGAAGCACAGGCUGCGCCUGGUGGCCACAGAUGGAGCUUUCUCCAUGGAUGGUGACAUCGCUCCCCUACAGGACAUCUGCCGCCUUGCUGCCCAAUAUGGUGCCCUGGUCUUUGUGGAUGAAUGCCAUGCCACUGGCUUUCUUGGGCCCACAGGACGGGGCACAGAUGAGCUGCUAGGCGUCAUGGACCAGGUCACCAUCAUCAACUCCACCCUGGGGAAGGCGCUGGGUGGAGCAUCAGGGGGAUAUACCACCGGGCCUGAGCCACUGGUGUCCCUGCUGCGGCAGCGUUCUCGGCCCUACCUCUUCUCCAACAGCCUGCCUCCUGCUGUAGUCGGCUGUGCUUCUAAGGCCCUGGACCUGCUCAUGGAGAGCAAUGCCAUCGUCCAGUCUAUGGCUGCCAAGACUCGGCGGUUCCGCAGUAAGAUGGAAGCUGCUGGUUUCACUGUCUCAGGAGCCGAUCACCCCAUCUGCCCUGUGAUGCUGGGAGAUGCACGGUUGUCUUCUCAAAUGGCGGAUGACAUGUUAAAGAAAGGUAUCUUUGUCAUCGGAUUUAGCUACCCUGUGGUCCCUAAAGGCAAGGCCCGGAUCCGAGUGCAGAUCUCGGCUGUACACAGUGAGGAAGACAUUGACCGAUGUGUGGAAGCCUUCGUGGAGGUGGGGCGGCUGCAUGGAGCUCUGCCCUAAGCUCUGGGUAGGGACUUGCAGAGCCAAAGUUCCUCCACUGCGGGUGACAUAGGGCUCCUCUGGUCAGCCCAGAUCAGAGGCUGUGACUCAAGCCAGACUUCUAGAGCCUGGUUGAAAAUGGGCCUGUACUUGUGAUCAGAGAGGCAACAAUGUGGAAUUUGGCUAUGACA